CAGCUUCAUCGUUUAUUUAAAUUAUUUCAUAUAAUGGUCAAGAAUCCCCGUCUCCAUUAUCUUCAUCUUUAAUUCAUUUUCUUUGUUUUCUCAGAUUGGGCAAAUCUGCCAAUGCACCUUCUGGAUUCAGUGUCAGACCGAUUGGUGUCGUUAUCGGACUAUUUGCGAUUCAGCAUUGUUUGUAAGUCAUGGUAUUGUGUAGCGAAGGAUAAUCAAAAGGUGCAUCACCAAUUUCCGAUGCUUUUGAUUUCUACAGAAAAAGAAGGUACAUGGAAUGUAUACAGUGUCAUGGAUAACAAGGUUCUUGAUUUGCAAAUCAGAUUGCCAAAUAAGCGAUUUUGCGGAUCUUCAAAAGGAUGGCUGGUAACUGUAGAAGAAAAUUUUGCAGUAACCUUGUUGAACCCAUUCUCUAGGGUUAUAGGGAUGGAAGAGAAAGAAAAUUCAAUAAUUCAUCUUCCCCCUCUAGAGGGUCCAAAGCAAGGAAGGGAGCAAUGGGUUAAAAAAUGUGAUUAUUAUGUCUACAAGGCUAUGAUUUCAGCAGAUCCAGUAGUGAAUGCAGAAGAUUGUGUUGUUGUGGUCAUAUAUGAGGAACAAUGUCGACUGUCUUUUAUUAGACUUAACAAAGACAAAGCAUGGACUUAUGUCCAUAGACCGCGCCCAGUUCAAGAUGUUCUUCACUUUGGAAAUAGAUAUUAUGCUGUUAACUAUUGGAGCAAUCUUUACUCUUUUGAUAUUACUACUCAAUCCAACUCAGAUGUAGACUGUUUUGUAUCAUCGAUACCACUGCAAAAUGUAUACACCAAGAGAUAUUUAGUGGACUCAAACGAGAAAGAAUUGAUGAUGGUGCAAAGACAUAUGGCAUAUGAAGGUAGCAAACUUGUGACAAAGAAAUUUAAAACUUUCAAAUUUAAGUUGGAUGAUAUAUUUGACUGGAUUGAGCAAGAAACCUUGGGUGAUGUUGCUCUGUUUGUGGGCGAUAACUCUACAGUGUCUGUUGUUGCUUCAAGCUUUUCAGGAUGUCAGCCAAAUUGCAUAUACUUCAAUGACGACAAUAAUUGUAUGAAGGGUUGUUUUGAAGGUGAUUUUGGUGUUUAUAACGUUGGAACAAAGAGCAUUUCACGGCUUUACACCGUAGAUGCUAUGAGUUUAUUGGAGAAGACCAAACUACAUCCAAUAUGGAUUGUGCCAACUCUUCAACUGUAA